CAUCAAAAAAUAUCUCCAAAUAUCACUUUUAAAUACUUUUACCCCUUGAAAUUUUAUUUUAAAGGUUAUUACCUCAUUAAUAAGUAAAUAGAUAUGAAUGCUCCCUUAAGCAAAAAACAAAGAUAUAGAGCACGUAAAAGGCAAAGGCUUUUGGAGCAAGGGAAAGGUUUUGUUCCAGGAUAUGGACCUUUAAGAAAUUCACAAUUCUGGGCAGAUGUUGAUAUACCGGGAAAUAAAAAAGUAAAUAAUACUAAAGUUAUAAGACAACAAAUUGUUAAGAAAGAAAGUACAUGUGAAGUUAUCGAUAUGAACACUUCAAUACAACAUGAACCAGAUUUGACAGAUGAUAAUUCACCAUCAAUACCUCUAGCUCAAACACAGGCACAAGGAACACUACAAACAUUAAAAAAACCUUUACUAAACAUUCAAGAGAAAACUCAAGAGAAAUUGAAAUUCAAUCAGAAACAACAAGAGCAACCCAACAACGACCAAAAUAAAGAACAAAACCCAACAUUAAAUGAAGAAAAAUCCAAAACACCAAAUGAAAAUCAAAAUGAAGAACAGAAUAAAUCUAUAAAUACAACACAGUCUUCCAUAAAUGAAACUACAUUUAAUAAUACAGAAGAGAAAAUUCCAGAGAAAUCAGUUAAUGAAUUGAACAGUGGAUCACAGAUUCCUGUUUUGAUGAAACAACCUCUCACCAAUACAAACAUUGGUGCAACAACUUCAAAUAGUCCUCUCAAGACAAUACCAACAUUGACUAACCAAGUAAAACCAAAGAAAAUUCCAAAUACACCAAAUGCAUCAAACAAUUACCAGAAUAUGCACAAUGUUGUGUGUCCACCAACGGUGGACCCCGAUAAAUACCUUACAACCAAUUUAGAAAUGUUGUAUCACAGCAUCUAUGCUCAAGAACCCAUUAUACCUAGAAGUGCAUUGCCGAGUGGAGUCCCGUUGACGUUUUUGCUGCAACAGGCAAACUUUGGAGCUAUUCAACCUCAAUUUCCAGGUUACAUGCCCAACAAUCCAGGUCUUAUGACAAAUAUAAUACCAAUGCAAACGAACCAACAGACAUUUACUCAACAGCAGAUAUAUACGGACAGUAAUUUCCCAACAAACACAUCGACGUAUAUAAAUAAUGAAGUACCAGUUACUGUACCAUCUCAACCAUAUUCACCUUCAGAUCUCUUCACCGAAGAUGGUGAAGUAAAUAAAGCUAUUGAAGAGGGACGCGAAAGUUCGUCAUCUCCGGAUAUAUGUAAAGUAGGACAGAGACGUCAGAGUGCGUUUGACAGACUUGGUCCACUCACUCAGCCUAAGAAACCAAAGCUGACUAUAAAUCUAAGCUUCAAUAAAGAACAAGCUAUCAGAGAAGUAGUGGGUGAAGAUGAAUCUAAUAAAUACAUCCCCGUUCAUAUGAGAGAGGACAUAAUAAAUAGUUCUGAUGAAAUUGUAACAACUUAUUUAGACCAUUGGCCGUGGAAGAAUCACAUUGUUGUAAGGAAAAGUGUUGGCGCUAGAGUUUCUAAGAGUGCAAUGAUAAUGGAACAAGAACAAAUGGAAGAAGUUUAUGAGAGAGGAAAUAUCUUUAUUCAGUUAAGUGUCAAAGGAUAUCCUAACACGUGGAGUAAAGAAGAUGUGUUAGAUACUUUGCUGGAGAAUCUCAAAGGCAAGAGUUUUGUGCCUUGCUUCAUAGAGUUCACACCAACGGAAUGCAAAUUCCUCGUGAUAAGAUCUCGUCCAGCGCUGAUCGCUAUCCACAAGCUGGGCUUCACCGCGCGCAAAGAAGAUGUCAUCUUAAACAUUACUAUAUAUGACAUCGAUCUAGACAUCAAGACCCUAAACUUCCAGCCCAAGGUAGUUCUCAGGCAACAAAUAAUGCGUGGCCUUGAACAUGAAAAUAAAUUAAAUCUGCAACAGUUUACAUUACAACCAGAUGUAAGCCACUUUAUUUACUAUCCACUGAAUCGCAUAAGUAAUCAAAUUGGUAUCAUAGAUUUGCAUGUCUCCAUUGUGUGGAAGAAUCUCACACAUCUUGUAUUAUCUCACAAUAGAAUUACCUCUAUAGAAGGUUUCGAUCUCCAACAUACAACACCAUUACUUCAAUAUUUAGACAUAUCAUAUAAUAAUAUAGAAAGAAUUACAGUAUUAUUAAACUGUAGGAAGUUACAAUUAAAGUCGCUAACACUGGAGGGGAACCCCCUUUGUACAGACUACAGAGACCCGCAGGAUUAUAUUAAAGUUGCAAAAAUGUUGUUUCCUAUGUUACAAGAAAUCGAUGGAAUACAAAUACCAAUCAAAAGUGAUUUGCCAAAAAUACAUAAAAAUUACUGCGACAUCUUGGCGAAGGAAUUAGUGGAUAAGUUUCUACAGACUUACUUCCCUAUAUUGGACUCGCCGCCACAAGACAGAGAUUUAAUUGGAGAUAUGUACGACACUAACGCCAUUUUAACUGUCACUUAUAAUCCUAUAUUAUUAAGUAAGUCAGUGUGGCGAAGAAACCGUGCUCUAUUCUUAUUUAACCGUCAAACGGGCGACAUGAUCGGCGGAUGUCUAUCCACUGCGAAGAAAAUAGUUAAAUUGUUGAAGAAAUUGCCGAAUUUACAACAUGAUCCUACAUCAUUCACUGUGGACGUCUUGACACAUACGAAUACAUCGACUAUUAUCACCAUAUGCGGUGUAUUAAAAAUAACAACAGACAGUUUAGCAGAAGAUGAACCAAUGUUAGCGUUCAGCAAAACUGUACUUCUCUAUACAAGUGACAACGUUGAAUACAAAAUACGCAACGAUAUGGUGUACUGGGACCUUCCCUCAGAGGAAUAUCUCAAACAAUCGUUUACGAAGACAGCGAUACCUUUAUCAAAGAGAACUUUAAAUGUAUCAUUGGAUACUCCGCCCGAUACAGAUACGAAGGAUCACCUCGUAAAUAUUUUUAUGAAUUUAACUGAAUUAGAUAGACCGCAUAGUGAAAGGUAUCUGGAGGAGAAAGACUGGAAUAUUAAAGACGCUUUACAAUUCUUUACAGAUAUAGUCAAAUUGAAUCCAGCUGACAUGAUCAAUACAUCUUCAAGCGAAUUAGUCACAUAAGAAAAAAAAUGUGUAGUAUAUGAUUUAUGAAUUCAUUUUAAAAGUUAAGAGUUUAUGUAAUUUAUCUCUUUAGAAAAAG